ACCAGUAUAAGCAAUACGCUGCAAAUGUCUGUAUACCUUGGACCUACGUUGUUGUUUGUUGUAGUUGUAUUAGAGUUAUGUUUUUCUCCGGCCACCGUGGUCGCCGCCGGUUCCGCCGUCACACAUCUGCCGGGAUAUGAAGGGACGCUUCCUUUUGAACUUGAAACCGGGUAUAUUGGAGUGGGCGGCAAAGGAGAAGAAGUUCAACUAUUCUAUUAUUUUAUUAAGUCAGAGUCAAAUCCAGAUACGGAUCCGCUUGUUGUUUGGCUAACGGGAGGCCCAGGUUGCUCCGGUCUAUGGUCAAUUACAUAUGACAAUGGGCCAUUGCGAUUUAAUAAGGUGGAAUACAAUGGGAGCCUCCCUACAUUGUCAUUAAAUGCCUAUGGAUGGACCAAGGUUGCAAAUAUCAUCUUUUUGGAUUUACCAGCAGGGACAGGCUUUUCUUAUGCAAUAACAUCUAGAGCUAACCACUCUGACGAUAUACAAGCUAGUUUUCAUGGAAGUCAAUUUGUUCAAAAGUGGCUGAAAGAGCAUCCUAAUUUCAUCUCCAAUGAUCUUUAUGUUGGUGGGGAGUCCUAUGCUGGGAUAUUUGUUCCCAUUGUUACUCGAUUUUUAUCAGAUGGAAUCGAGGCCGGAGUUACUCCAUGGAUUAAUCUAAAGGGAUAUCUAUCGGGGAACCCUGUAACGACCGGAAUUAGAGACUUCAACUACCAAAUCCAAUAUGCUCAUGGGAUGGGUCUUAUUUCUGAUGACUUAUACAAGUCACUAGAACGUCACUGCAAUGGGGAGUAUCAAUAUAUUGAACCCAGCAAUUUGUUAUGCAUGCAAAAUGUGGCCACCUUUUAUCAGUUGCAUAGUGAAUUAUAUGCGUUUCACAUUUUGGAGCCUGCUUGUGCUGAUGAUAAUGCUUCUCCCACAAAAGCGCCCAAGUGUCAUAAUGUUGUGAAUAAUGGCCCAAAAUUGUUUGACCAAAGAAGAUCUCUUGGAGAGCGAAACAAAUCAAACAAUCUCACCACUGCAAACUGUCGAGAUCAUUGGUAUAAUCUCAUGUCUUACUGGGCGAACGAACAAAUUGUCCGCGACGCUAUCCAUAUCAGGAAGGGAACUGUUGAUCUUUGGGAAUUUUGCAAUUCCAAUUUAUCAUACACAGAAAAAACAACCGAUGUGACGUCGUAUCAUGCGUACCUUAGCACUAAAGGUUAUCGAUCUCUUAUUUACAGUGGUGAUCACGAUCCUUGCAUCACAUAUCUUUCAACGCUAGCAUGGAUAAAAUCAUUAAACUAUUCAGUUAUUGAUGACUGGAAAUCAUGGUGGGCUGAUGAUCAAGUUGCUGGGUACACAAUGACUUACUCAAAUGGGAUGACAUUUGCCACUGUAAAGGGAGGUGGGCAUACAGUUCCAGAAUCUGCACCGCAUCAAGCUCUAGCCAUGUUUACAAAAUGGAUACAAAAUGGUGGCCUUCAGUAAUUCAAAGUGUUGUAUGUAUAGUAUGCCUACUGGGGACCUGUGACCACUUACAUUUUUGUGUCUCAGAUAAUAAUAUUAUGAAAAAAAGUAUAUAGACAUCAUGUCUUUGC